GGCUUGGUGGUCGUGGUGGUGGGUGGCGUGGAGGGCCGGGAUUGGCUAGGCAAAACACAGUGAUUCAGAACCAGAAGAUCUGCAUCACACGAAUGAGCCGAUAGCUGUGGCGAGGAAUCUCAUGACAAAAGCGAUGAACGCGGCAUGAAAAGCCAUCCACGAGUUGGCUGCAUCGUCCUGGACUGGCGGAGGGGAGGGUGCGCGUCUUAAUUGGCCAAAAGCGAGAACUCGCCUGACUGAUGUUUCCAUUGCAGAUGUUUUUUAGACGUACGUCGCGGCAGCGCGCGCUGUUUGCGCAAGCCAAGUCUUCCAGGUCGGUCGAGCUCCAAAACUCAGAAAUCACUGACGCGGAUGCUUUGGUGAUUGCCGAGGGUCUCAAGGCAAACAGCAACUUGCAGACGCUUAAUUUGAAUGACAACCAGAUUGGCGACAAGGGAGCAAAGGCGAUUGGAUCGGCACUUCGGAACAAAAGGAUUCUGUCUGGUCUCUAUUUGGGCGGUAACAGUAUUGGUGACGCUGGAGCUCGAGCCAUUGCUGAAGCCGUAAAGACGGCGCCUGAGAUGACUCACCUCUGGCUGUACAAGAAUCAAAUUGACGACGCGGGAGCACAGGCGAUCGGAUUAGCGCUUCGGAACAAGCCGAAGCUCUCCACUCUCUUCUUGUUCGAGAACAGUAUUGGUGAUACUGGAGCUCGUGCCAUCGCUGAAGGUCUGCUGGCGUCGACCGCGUUGACGGACCUCAGGAUGUAUGACAACCAAAUCGGUGACGCAGGAGCACAGGCGAUCGGAUCUGCGCUUCGAAACAAGACCAACCUGUCUUCUCUCCACUUGAACACGAACAAGAUUGGUGACAUUGGCGCUCGUGCCAUCGCAGAAGGCCUGACAUCGACUGCGCUGACUCAACUCGGGAUGCACACCAAUGAGAUUGGCGAAGCCGGAGCGCGGGCGAUCGGAACUGCGCUCCGAAACAAGGCCAAUCUGUCGAAAUUCUACUUGAGCAAGAACAACAUUGGUGACGCCGGAGCUAGUGCCAUCGCUGAAGGCCUGCAGACGUCAAGUGCGCUGACCGACCUCAGGAUGAAUGCCACUCAAAUUGGCGACACGGGAGCGCAGGCUAUCGGAUUCGCGCUCCGGAACAAGCCUAAUUUGUCAGCACUUGGUGUCGAUACAAACAAGAUCACUGAUGCCGGAGCUCGUGCAAUUGCCGAGGGACUGAAGACGUCGACAGCGCUUACUCAGCUCGCGAUGAAUGCCAAUCAAAUCGGCGACGUGGGAGCGCAGGCGAUCGGAUCUGCGCUUCAGAGCAAGGUUUUUCUGUCGAAACUCAAUGUGUCGGACAACCAGAUCUCCUCAAGUGCGGUCCAAUUUUUAUCCUCAUGCGUUCCCUCAAAUUGCGAGUUGUCGACCGAAAACCAGCGGGCUCGUGUUCAAGUCGCUGCCCCCGGCCGCGUUCCAUCGGCAUCGACUUCUGUGCGCACUUCAGCCCCACCGCCACCUACCGGCGUUCGAAAUUCAAUCACGAGUCCAUCCCGCAUCCCAGUAAAACCCCCGCUACCAAGUACUCCCUACUCGCUUCCCGCCACGCCUGAACCGAUGUCUGAGCAAGUUCGCCAACUCCAGGCGCGUAUUGUCCAAAUGGAACAAGCUCAGCAGACGACAGCCACUGCACCCAUCAUCUCCAACAUUCUGAAAGUACCAUUGCAUGUUCUGUCGCAAGCCACAGCGCAGUUUUCAGAGUCCAAGCGCAUCGGUGGCGGUGGAUUUGGCAGCGUCUACUCUGGUGUCUGGAGCGGUCAGCAAGUUGCCGUCAAACGCUUGGCAGCAGAUUCAACCCAAGGCAUCGCUCAGUUCGAGGCCGAGCUCGAAGCCCUCUCGCGUUUCCGUCACCCGAACAUUGUCACCAUCAUGUGUUAUGCUCAAGAAGGCAACGAGCGCUGCUUGGUCUACGAGCUGAUGGCAAACGGUUCUGUUCGCGAUCGUCUUGAUCGCAAGGAUGGGACGCCUGCAUUAAGCUGGCAGCAGCGCCGAAACAUUGCGACCGAUAUUGCGAACGCCAUGCACUUUGUGCAGACUGCGAUUCCGCGCCAGCCGCUGUUCCAUUUGGAUCUCAAAACAGACAAUGUGCUGCUGGACGCUCAGUUCAACGCAAAGGUCGCCGACUUUGGUCUGACGCGCUCUGCUCCAGCUCAAGUGGAUGCACACAGCUACAUUCGUACGCAGACGGUUCAAGGAACCCUUCAGUACAUUUGCCCAGAGUACCAUCACGAAGGCAAGGUUUCUAUCAAAACGGAUGUGUACUCGAACGGCAUGAUUCUGCUUGAGCUCGUUACGGGACAGCAGCCCAGUAUCAAUCUGAUGGGUACCGUUCGACGCGAGCUUAAGAAGAGCCGCAAAAUCGAUGCGGUGCUUGACAAGGCGAUCGACUGGAGCCCUCAAGACAAGGAGUCGGCACAAGCCAUAGCGGAGCUUGCGCUUGAUUGCCUCGAGCCCACGCGAGUUGAUCGACCGUCGUUUGGCGAGAUCCUGAGACGAUUGUCGGGCGAAGAAGCUGAAGUAAACGAGGACAAGACCAUCGAAGACAGCGAACGCGAGUGCUUGCUCUGUUGGAGCGCCCCCACGAAUGCCAAGCUGGUGCCGUGCUGCCACGCAUGUGUCUGCGUUGCAUGUGCUCAAACGAUGAUCCAGCGUCAAGACAAGUGCAUGAUCUGUCGAGUGCUUCCGACCUCGUUCCAACAGGGCGCGUACAACCAGACUUUUGUGAACUGAGUUGUUGGACGGUUCUCCAAUGUUUCAUUGCACUUUUCAUGUUCAUGUUGAGUUUGCUUCGCCUCGUCCUAAAAUCUGAGUGUAAAUUGCUUCUGCGCUGCUACGUGUCCUUUUUCCGGUUGUUCCCCUUUCGCUUGCUUGUUCACUUUUGUGCUGGCCUUCUUGUCGUCAAUCAUGAAUCUUUCUCUGUCGCA